CUAGUUCUCUGCUAUUUUCUAUGGAUAUCUAAAAGAGCUGCUAAAAACAGCACAGCACCAGAAGCUAGUGGCGCAUGGCCCAUAAUAGGCCACCUUCACCUCUUAGGAGGCUCUGAGCUUCCCCACAUAACCUUGGGAGCCAUGGCGGAUAAACACGGACCAGUUUUCACCAUCCGGCUCGGGUUGAAACGAGCUCUUGUAGUGAGCAAUUGGGAGACAGCCAAAGAAUGUUUCACCACCAACGACAUAGCUGUGUCAAGCCGUCCCAAGUUUGCAGCGGCAAAACACCUAGGCUACAACUAUGCCAUGUUUAGUUUCUCCCCAUAUGGUCCCUAUUGGCGUGAAAUCCGCAAAAUAGCCUCCCUCGAGCUACUAGGAAGUCGCCGCGUCGAGCUUCUAAAGAAUGUGAGAGUCUCUGAAACUGAGACCUCCAUGAAAGUACUUCACAAGCUUUGGAGAAAGAAGAAAAACAGCUCAGGCCAUGUGUUGGUGGAUAUGAAGCAAUGGUUUUCAGACUUGGCUCUGAACGUGGCUGUUAGAAUGGUUGCCGGAAAGCGAUACUUUGGUUGUGAGGAGGAGAAAGAGGCGAGGCGGUGCCAGAAGGUAUUCAGGAAUUUCUUUCACUUUUUUGGGUUGUUUUUGGUGUCGGACUCAAUUCCUUUUCUUGGGUGGUUUGAUUCGGGUGGACAUGUCAAGGCCAUGAAACAAACUGCAAAAGAAAUGGAAAGUUUUGUGGGGGGAUGGUUAGAGGAACAUCGCCAUAAGAGAGAUUCUGGGGAGGCUAAAGGAGUUCAAGACUUCAUGGCUGUCCUGCUUUCUACUCUUCAAGGCUCAGACUUUGCUGGUUAUGACGUCGAUACCAUCAACAAGGCCACUAGUCUGAAUUUGAUUACUGGCGGAGGCGACACCAUUGCAGUUAUGUUGACGUGGGCACUGUCUUUACUAAUGAAUAACCGUCAUGUGUUAAAAAUCAUUCAAGAAGAACUAGACAUACAUGUUAGUAAAGAAAGACAAGUCGACGAAUCAGAUAUUAGCAAGCUAGUCUACCUUCAAGCCAUAAUUAAAGAGACAUUACGAUUAUACCCAGCCGGCCCACUAUCAGGCCCAAGAGAAUUUACACAGGACUACACCAUUGGUGGCUACCAUGUUUACAAAGGCACACGCCUAAUUUUGAACACAUGGAAGCUGCAAAGGGACCCAAACAUAUGGUCAGAGCCUUGUGAGUUCAUACCAGAGAGGUUCCUCACCACCCACAAAGAUGUUGAUGUUAAUGGUAGACAUUUUGAGUUGAUUCCAUUCGGAGCAGGUAGAAGAGUGUGCCCAGGAAUAGCGUUUGGCAUCUAA